AUGGAUUCAUUGAAACUUCCAACCACUGCAGCUAACGCUCAGGCCUUUACAGCCCCAGGCUCCCUUUCGAUGCCUCAAGGUAUCAAUGACCCGAACAAUGGUAUCAUAAAGAAGGAUGAAAAUGCAGAACUUGGCGUCAAAGAACCCAACGAAGACGAUGCUGAUGGAGCCAUGUCGGGUAUCGUGCCCACGCUUCAGAAUAUCGUCGCAACGGUGAACUUGGAUUGUCGUUUGGACUUGAAAACCAUUGCCUUGCAUGCACGUAACGCCGAAUACAAUCCAAAGCGUUUCGCUGCUGUGAUCAUGAGAAUCAGAGAACCAAAGACAACCGCACUUAUCUUUGCCUCUGGUAAGAUGGUGGUGACUGGUGCCAAGUCUGAAGAUGACUCCAAGUUGGCAUCCAGAAAGUAUGCCCGUAUCAUCCAAAAGUUGGGAUUCAAUGCCAAAUUCACCGAUUUCAAGAUCCAGAACAUUGUCGGUUCGUGUGACGUGAAGUUUCCUAUUAGACUUGAAGGUCUUGCCUUCUCGCACGGAACUUUCUCGUCGUACGAACCUGAAUUGUUCCCGGGCUUGAUUUAUAGAAUGGUGAAGCCAAAGAUUGUGCUUUUGAUUUUCGUUUCCGGCAAGAUUGUCUUGACUGGUGCGAAGCAAAGAGAAGAAAUCUAUGCCGCAUUCGAAGCCAUCUAUCCGGUGUUGAGUGAAUUCCGUAAAUCGUGA